CGGCGACAGCUCAACACUUUACCGUUGUGUUCCGCAGCAACAACCGUUAGCCGGAAAGAAGAGAGCCGGAAGCGCGUGCCGCUAAAGUUUACGGAAAUAAAGGCGGACAAAAGUUCAUCCUCGCCUGCAACUGACAAAGUGCCAAAAUCCAGAUUAAACGAUUUACGAGCCAAUAAAAAAACAAACAGAAAUACGGACGGUGCAGUGUGCAGUUCAGAGGCGUGUUAGAACUCCUUCUUCACCCGCAUCCAGUGAACGGAAAAUCGGAAAAUGUGGCCCAACUUUGUAGCCGUCAUUCCACUGCUGUGCCUUGCAUUCUUCGCUUGGGCAAAAGCUGGACCUGUGCCAAUUGUGAAUGAGCACCAACAACUGAUGCCCAAGGUCCCCCAAUGGCACUGUCUGCGCUACUUUAAACAUGAUGUCCUGAUGAUGCGCCGCUGUCGCCACUUGCGAGUCCCUACGGCACCGCGACUGGGCGAUGUCCUCAAGCGAAAGAAGAAAUAGUAUCCGGCCUACAGACAAUCAUCGUCAAUACUCAAAACGACUGAGCAACAAGAUCAAUUAAAAUUAAAUUUUUUAAAGGAUUUCUAAACCAGACCAAAGCUAAAUCAAAUAUAUACUACCAAAUAUUAUAGAACUUCUGAAACUAAUAAUAAGCCUAACCAAUUGUACUUCAUAGAUAAGUAAGAAUUCAAUAAAACGACUAAGAAAAAUCUACAAAAAA